AUGGUUGGAGCAGUAUUGGUUUGAAUGAGCGUGUGUGUUUGAAAUAUUUAACUAAGAAUGGCUGCUGAACUACUCGCCAAGAUUCCCGAGGCUGAUAUCGAUCCGAAUGGGGUGUUUAAAUACGUGCUUAUAAGAGUUAAUAGCAAAACAGAUGAUUCAUAUGUGGACAUAGUGCGCGGAUACGCGUGGGCCGAGUAUCACGCUGAUAUCUACGACAAGGUUUCGGGUGAUCUGGAGAGAGCAGGUGAUGUGGACUGUGAGUGUUUAGGAGGUGGCAGGAUCAGACAUGACAGCGCUGAGAAAAAAAUCCACGUCUAUGGCUAUUCCAUGGGCUUUGGACGAGCCAAUCACAUGGUUUCUACAGAGAAGCUGAAGACACGGUACCCAGACUAUGAGAUAUCGUGGUCGAAUGAAGGCUACUGAUUCACAAACCAGGGUUUUCCAAUCAUGGCCAAUGGAUUGUCAGUCCCUGUUUUGAUCACCUGUUUAUACUCGAGUUGUUGAUGGGAAAUUUGACAUUUCAUGAUGUCUUGAAGAUUUAACAGGUGCUUAAGUUAUAAAUGAAAUUGUUUCUUAUUAUCAGCAGCUAAAUUCAUUGUUACAUUUUGUCUGUAUAAAUCUUAACAUUUAUUAUGUUCAGAUCUAAACUGUCAGGGUUUUUGACAUUUGGCAGGGAGGUGCUUGGGUGGUGCAGUGGUAAAUUACACUCACCUUUACUACAGAGCUCCAGGGUUUGAAUCUUAAUUGGAAGUCUAAUAACAGACAUGAUUUGCAAUGCCUGACAGAAUGGCCGAGGCCCAUCAACAAAUUGGCGUCUUGUCUGGGGUUUGUUGUGCACCCAGUGAUUCCGAAUAAACAGAUUCACCACAAUCUGACCAGAAUAAUGCAUUAAAACAUGAAAAUUAAAUGAAAAAAUGAACAUUUGACAGUUCAACUCUUCUUACCAGACACACUUUAGAUUAGACAAAGUGCUAAACGACUCAAGUCUAACCUGGUAACAAAAUGUUUAGUCUAUGACUUAAUAUAAACUGCUAUCAUGUUAUGCAACAAAGACUUUCAUCAAAAAUAAAUUGUUUGAUUUAUUUAUUUGUAUUAAAUAUCUUUGUUUAGUUUCUUAAUUAUAGUAGAC